AUGUAUCAAUGGAAGUGGUUUUUUUUUCUAAUAGUUCCUGUAAUUAUUGCCAUUAUUUUAAGUUUAUUAUACAUUUUUAUAAAACGACAUCGUGGUCAUGGAUAUUUUCUAUCGAAAUUCUCUGCUUUUACACGCAUACGUUUUGAUCAUCUUGAAAAAAGACGGCAAACGUAUUGUCCAGCUAAUAGUAAAUGUCAGUGUCAUACGAAAGAGUCUGCUGCACACAUCGAACCUAAUUUAUUAUGUACACAUCGUUCUCCAACAUUAUAUAUGAGUUUUGCUGGUGCUGCAAUGAUUGUUGGUGGUGUACGAACAACAGAAUGGCGUGGCUCAAUGAGAGAAGUACAUCGUGAUACAGACGAUGAAUUUGAUGCAUUAUUUUUUACAGAUCCAGCACAAUGUUUUUAUUUACAAGAUCCAAAUUAUCGAUGGCAAGGUUUAACAUAUUAUCGUAAUUUAAUACAAAUAUAUUCUACACUUUAUCAACAUGUUAUUUUAAUUGGAGCUAGUCUUGGCGGAAGUAUGGUAUGUAUGUGUGCCGACUUAGCAACAGUAUCAAUUGCAUUUAAUCCAAUAUUAGAUCCAGUUUUACUUGGUUUACCUUGGCGUUUAAUGGGUGCUUUUUGUCCAGCUGGACAAGCAGAAGUUGUUCGAAAUCAAGUUCAUAGUACUAUGGAAAAUAUAAAUACUAAUAAAACUAGCCAAAAUUGUGUACUUCAUAUACAUUGGAGUCAAUUAUCAAAAGCUGAUCAAAGACAAGCUCAUAGAAUUAUUGGUGGUGGUAAACAUAAUAAACCUAAACAAACGGAAUGUUUAACAACAGUACUUGAUUUUGAUAUUAACGAUCCAAAUAUGAGUAGUAGAUCAGGUGUUCAUGUAUGGUUUCAUAGGCAUAAACGUCAUAUAUUAGCUAUGCAGUUAAGACGAAGUCAUGAAUUAAUACCAUUGUUAAAACGUCACUUAUCAGGCAUAUCAAUAGGUUUACAUACAGUUAGUUAUCAAUUAGAAGAAAAACAACGACAAGAUUCUAUUGUUAUCAAUAUUCCAUCAUAA